AUGCUUUUUGUUUGUGCAUUACUUGCCCAAUGGAAAAGACGAAAAAUUCAAGUUGUUGUGUUAAUUGGUGUUAUUAUUUGUUUAAUUUUAUUGCAAAAUAUACUUUAUUCAAAAAAUAUUUCUUCUCCUUUUUCAAUAAAAUUAAAUUUAAUGGAUUUUUGGUUAGCUGGAAUUUUUGUUCAUUUAAUUUGUUUACUUUCAAUUGAUUUGGCAUUCCCCGCACGCCGAGUGAUUAUUUUUAAACAAAAAAUUAUGAAGAAAAGAAUUAAUGAUAAUAAUGAUAAUAUUCCUUUAGAAAGUAGAGAAAUUGAUAAUGAAUUAAUUGUGCAUAAAGGAGAAAGGAAACAAAGAAGAAGAAUGACAACUACCUUAAAUUCAAGUAAUUAUUCAUCUCCUUUUAUUUCUACGUUGUCUCGGAAAUUAGGAGUACAUCAACACAAAUUUCCAACUUUUGGCCGUCAUUUACAUCAUCAUCUUCCUUCAUCCUCCAAUUCAUUGCUUCAUCAUUAUGUUUCAAGCCCAAAACUCUCUGGCAAUCAACAAAAACAACAAAAAUCUCCAAUAUUUCCAAAUUAUAAACGACGAAUUCUUUCUGGGAAAGAAGAUGUUAAUGAUGAAAGAAGACAACGAGCAAUAGCUCAAUUACUCAACGAAAUGGAAAGAAUUAGAAAUAUUGACAAUGAUGAUAAUGAAGCCGUUGAAGGAACAAAUAAAUUAAUUAUUCAAUCUUCUAGUCAACAAAACUCUUCUUUAAUAAAAAAUCAACAAAAUAAACAAUUUUUAAGAGCACCUCCACCUCCACCCCCUUCCCAACCUCCUACUAAUAUUCCUCAAUCCUCCCCACCUUCACAACAACAAAAUAAUUAUUAUUCAUUUAAAUAUCCUCAAAAUGUAGCAAGACAAUAUAAAAUUGGGAAAGUACAACAAUUUUCUGAUGAGGAAGAAGAAGAAGAGGAAGAAUUGGGAAGAAUUGAAGGUAGUGGGUUGGGAAUGCCUCGACAGAAGAGAAUUCCAUUCUUGGCUAUCUUUACAAGUUUUUGCAUUUUUCUCUGUGGUUACCUCAUUUUAGUUUUGAUGGUAUUAUUUGAAUGGCUAUAA